AUGGCCCUGUCCCCAGCACCAGCAGCAGUGGCCUGGGGCAGGGUGUUAGGAGUGUUGUCCUCCUCUUAGUCCUCAUCAUCCCUGGCCCAGAAGAAGCUGGCCAAUUGCACCACCAAGACCCAGAUCCAGCAGAAGGAGAACGAGCUGGUGCUGUUCCGGCUGGUGAAGGACCAGAAGAAAAUGCCCAUCUGCCAAACUGACAUGGUGAGGACCAUCCUGCAAGACUACAAAGACAUGGCCUUGGAGAUUAUCGAACACAUGGGCCAGACCCUGGAAGAAGUCUUGGGCCUGCAGCUCCAGGAGAUAGACCAGAAGCACCACACCUACAUUCUCAUCAACAAGCUGGAGGGCCUGGAGACAAGGGGCAACUCGGCCAAGGAGGCCCUGAUCUGGGAGGUGCUCAAGAAGCUCCACGUGGAUCUGGAAAAGAGGCACAAGACCUUCGGCUAUGUGAAGAAGCUCAUCAAAGACGAGUUUGUUCGCCAGAAAUAUUUGGAGUACGUUCGAGUCCCCCCUACCGAUGCUCCAGAGUACGAAUUCCUCUGGGGACCCAGAGCCACCCAUGAGACCAGCAAGAUGCAAGUCCUUCGCUUUGUGGUCAAGAUUCAGAAUCGGGAGCCUUCCAGCUGGGUGUCCCAGUACAACAAAGCCAUCCCUCUGCCUCUGCUUCAGCGGGCAACUGAGCCACGCAGGCCACUUUCAGGUACCAGAAAGCAUUUUAUAGACUGGUAUCAAGAAAGCAGAAAAUCCCAAAUUUUGAUAACAUUUGAACCACAGGCUGAGACCCUUUUACUCUCCAAGGUUCAACACAAUUCAACAUUUUCUCUCUUCUCUGAACCUGAUGCAGGAACUUUGUUGAAAAACCUGCCUGAAUUGAACCACUACUUCCUCUUCCCAGGUUGCCUAAAGGCAAACUCAUUGCCUCAAGGACCUGUCCUCCCUUAG